AUGUCUCUCCUCACCGUAGAAUCCCACAUCACAAUCGACAAACCUGCAUCAGAGGUUUUCAACUUCAUCUCCACGCCCUCGAACUGGGCCGGCCUGCAUCCCGGCAGCGCUCGCAUCAUCGGCGAAGGCAUCACGAGUUCAGCGGUGGUGGGAACGCGCUUCAUCGAGGUCAUCGACGACGGCCACAGGCCCGUCUUCGACGCCCACUGGGUCAUCACGCGCUCCGUAAAGGACGAGUUCUUCCAGUUCCAAUUCCCGAGCGACUUCGCCCACGGCCCGUUCCAGGAAAUCGUCAUCACGUACAACAUCACCGCCAAGGGAGAGGCGUCUACUGCCUUCACGCGCCGCAUGGUGUCUUGGGUCCGCCCUGGCGCUGAUACGUCCGAGUUGGCUGCGUUUUCCGAGAACGAUAUGCACAACAAAUACGUCGCAGGUGUCAAGGCUAGAUUGGAGGCUAAAUGA